ACUUUGACAGAAAAUUUUUUAUCUCUUCUUCGUGUUUCUCAUCGCCAUUUUUUUUUUUCAACCAGAUUUCACUACCCGCCUCGACCUACCGGUUUGGAAAGUUCGAGUUGCUUACGCUGAGAUCCAGCAUGUAAUGGCUCUGUUCUAGAAUCUUUCAUUCAGGUGGUCAAUUCUGGUAGGAGAAAUCGGUACGAUAUACCAUGGCGACGGACAAGAGCUCCCGCGUGCCGCCCGGCAUGGAGACGUUCAUCGUCGGUAUCAUUGGUAUGGGCGAUAUGGGGAAGAUGUACGCGCGGAGGCUUAGCGAUGCUGGUUGGAGAGUAAUGGCUUGCGACAAGGAAGAUCAGUAUGAGAGUCUGCGUGAAGAGUUUUCAAGUCGGACCAAUAUACAAAUACUCCGAAAUGGCCAUCUUGUAUCUCGCGCGAGUGACUAUAUCAUCUACAGCGUAGAAGCUGCGGCGAUUGGCCGUGUCGUCGCCGAAUAUGGCCCUUCAACGAAGCUUGGUGCCAUCGUAGGUGGGCAAACAUCAUGUAAAGACCCUGAGAUUAAGGCUUUCGAGGAUCACCUCCCGGCGGAUGUGGACAUAGUUUCUUGUCAUUCACUCCACGGCCCCAAAGUCGAUACGACAAAUCAGCCAUUAGUCCUUAUUAGACACCGGGCUUCUGAAGAGUCCUUUAACAAAGUCGAGACCGUCCUCCGAUGCUUAAACUCGACGCACGUGUACCUCUCAGCUCACGAACAUGACCGCAUCACAGCAGACACGCAGGCCGUUACGCACGCGGCGUUCCUGAGCAUGGGCAAGGCGUGGCACUCGAUGCGGCAGUUCCCCUGGGAGACCGCGCGGUACGUCGGCGGGAUCGAGAACGUCAAGAUCAACCUCACGCUGCGCAUCUACAGCCAGAAGUGGCACGUGUACGCGGGCCUCGCGAUCCUGAACCCGGAGGCGCGCAAGCAGAUCAACCAGUACGCCAAGAGCGUCACGGAGCUGUACAAGCUCAUGCUCGGCGGACACCUGGCCGAGCUGCGCGCACGCGUGCUCGCCGCCAAGGAAAAGGUCUUCGGCAAGGAGCACGAGCCCAAGUGGGCGGACAAGCCGCUGCUCAAGGACGAGGUGCUGGACCAGUUCGUGCUGGGAGGGGCUCGGUCGGAGCAGGAGCGCCAGCAGCCGCUGCCCAACAACCACCUUAGCCUGCUGGCGAUGGUGGACUGCUGGAGCGCGCUGGGCAUCGUGCCGUACGACCACAUGAUCUGCAGCACGCCGCUGUUCCGGCUCUGGCUCGGCGUCACGGAGCACCUGUUCCGGGACGCGGGGCGGCUGGACGAGGCGCUGCGGAUCGCGGUCGAGGACAACACGUUCCGCAGCGACGACCUCGAGUUCACGUUCGCCGCGCGCGGGUGGGCCGAGUGCGUCGGCCUCGGCCACUUCGAGACCUGGAAGGAGCGCUUCGUCGUCACCCAGAAGUUCUUCGAACCGAGGUUCCCCGGCGCUAUUGAGGUCGGGAACGCGAUGGUGAAGGCGGUGCUGGAGAGUACGAAGGACUAAGGGGGAAAUGGGGAAGCGGGGGAGGGUUUAAGUUGUUUAUCCUCGGGUGGUGUGGAUUUUCGAGUUGGUUAAGGGGGGUUUUGCGUAUGCAUUCAUAUGGAGAUAUUGAUCAUUAUGGUUGUGCCGUUGUAUAGUACCAUCGGGACGGGUAGUUCAACUGUCAAUAUUGCGGCUACUUAAGUACCUAUAUAGGAGGUACCUAACCUAAUAUAUAUGAACAAUGCGAGGUUAAGUUUCUAUAG